AUGAAUCACCGCACAACGCUGUUUGUGUACAGCAACGAAAAAGCGGUUUUUGACGCGCUGGGGGGCAAAGACAAGAUUGUUGUUCCGGCGUCGAAAGCGUCGCCGCUCGCCAGAGAAGACCGCAUCGAGAUCGACGUCUCCUUGCUGAAACCAGAGUAUCGCGACAUUCUGGCCAAGUUGCAGCUGCUCAACGUCCAGCUGGGCAGGAAACGCAGCGAAAAACCGCAGUUCACGAUCUUUGGCGACCACGAGAGCCAGCCGGCUGGGGUGCGCAUCGACGUCGCUCCGCAAACAGCCCGAAACAUGGCCCAAUACGAGAAGCUGUCGCAGCUGGCUGUGGAGAUGGUUCUACAGCUGAUCCGUGUGGACACGAAGACCACGCCGUAUUUUUUCGAGGAGUGGUACCGGGCGUAUCUGUUUGAAGAGCCGGAUCUGGAGGUGUCUGCGCUGAGAAUAUGGAAUGCGCUAAUUGGUGAGCAUUUUCCACUAACCUCGGCGGAACUCCAACGCGCGGCAUCUAUGGAGCUUAUUCUUGACGGAGACAAGCUUCGUCUCCUUUUCUACUGGCCUUGGGUCGACCACCGACUGGAAUUUGCCAGAGACAAGCGGGAGAUCGGCGUGUUCUAUCUCGACUCUCUGCCGGGCGACUACGACCUGAGCAUCAGCGGAGUGCGUGUUCGCGGCGACUCCAAGUUUCUGCCGACGUCGCUGUACGCGAACUCGUUCCACACGCAGCUUCCGGGCGUUUCUGCUGAGCACGCCUUUGUACAGCCUACAGGGCUGCAUCCAAAGUACAAGGUGCGCGUUUCAGGUGAGAACGAGGCUCCCAAAUCGACGUGUCGUUUAAUUUUCGAUUUGGAUAUUCCGUCCACGUAUAUUGUCGACAGGUACCAGCUGGCGUGGUACGAAGGCACUUUUAGGAACGUGUCGGUUUUCGGCCGCAGCGACCUGGAACUGCCGAGCUACAAAGUCUCGGAAGGCUGCUCGCUGCGCGUGGAAUUGGGCCCCGGCGUGCGGGAGUUCGAGAUCCCGCUGCAUCUGCGCUACGGCGAGCCCUUGCGCGGCGUGAAACCGAUCGGGCUGGCCGCGGGAGAUCUCUAUUGGGACUGUGAGACCGAUCCCGAGACAGACUCCCUAAUUCGAGGCAGCUUCAUGCACGAAGAUCGAAUACUGGAACGCACGCACUGGCAGAUGUUCCACAUCGGCAGCCAUGGCGCGAACUACCUGGAGGCUCUGUUGCCCGUGGGCGACGUGCGGGACAGCCGUGUGGUGGAGAGCGGCACUCUGGCGCUGGUGUCGGUUUUCGCCGUAUGGCUUGCCAAACUGUUUUGGCAGAUUUGA